AUGCAGUCUGAUAGUGGAAAGCUCUUCAUUGGUGGAAUUUCAUGGGACACUGAUGAAGAACGGCUGAAGGGUUAUUUUCGAACUUUUGGGGAGGUAGUGGAGGCUGUGAUAAUGAAGGAUCGCACCACAGGACGUGCCCGUGGAUUUGGUUUUGUUGUUUUUGCUGACCCAGCUAUUGCAGAGAGAGUCAUUAAGGAAAAGCACAGCAUCGAUGGCAGAAUGGUUGAGGCGAAAAAGGCUGUUCCUAGGGAUGACCAAAACAUUCUGAGUAGAAACAGUGGCAGUAGCAUCCAUGGUUCUCCUGGUCCAGGGCGUACAAAAAAGAUUUUCGUAGGAGGCUUAGCAUCCACAGUUACAGAAAGUGAUUUUAAGAAUUAUUUUGACCAAUUUGGUACCAUCACAGAUGUUGUGGUAAUGUAUGAUCAUAACACUCAGAGGCCAAGGGGAUUUGGGUUCAUCACUUAUGAUUCCGAGGAGGCAGUGGACAAAGUUUUGAUGAAGACUUUUCAUGAACUGAAUGGCAAAAUGGUUGAGGUUAAGCGAGCUGUUCCCAAAGAGUUAUCACCUGGUCCCAGUCGCAGCCCACUUGGUGGAUACAACUAUGGUCUAAAUAGGGUUAAUAGCUUCCUUAAUGUUUACACUCAAGGAUAUACUCCAAGUACAGUUGGAGGCUAUGGACUUAGGAUGGAUGGCAGGUUCAGUCCGGUUGCUGGUGGCCGAAGUGGUUUCCCUCCAUUUGGUUCUGGUUAUGGAAUGGGUAUGAAUUUUGAGCCAGCAUUGAGCCCUAGUUAUGGGGGGAAUGCAAAUUUUAAUAGCAAUCUCAGCUAUGGGCGGGGAGUGAGGCCUUACUAUAUUGGUAAUAAUAAUACCCUUGCUAGACCUAUAGGAUAUGAUGGAGGUAAUGGAGGAAACACUUCAUUUUUCAGCUCGGCAACGAGAAACUUGUGGGGAGAUGGGGGGCUCAAUUAUAACACCAACUCUACAAGCUCAAAUGCAUACAUGGGAUCUGGAACUGGAAGCCUUGGAGGAAGCACCUUUGGCAACAGUGGGGCUAAUUGGGGUUCUUCAUCACUUUCAGCUGAGGGUGGAGGAAAUAAUGUUUCUAAUAGCAGUCUGAAUUUUGGGUAUGGAAGGGGUGAAAAUAGUUUUGGUUUGGGCAUUGGUAGUUAUGCAAGAAACAGUGGGAACAAUAUGGGCCCAACAUCAUAUGCUGCAUCAAAUGGUAGCUUUGAUGGAGCAUUUGCUGACCUUUAUGGCGGCAGUUCAGAUUAUGGGGACCCCACUUGGCAGUCAUCAAAUUCCGAGCGAGAUGCAUCUGGUUCCUUUGGUUAUGGCCUUGGCAAUGCCACUUCUGAUGUUCCAGUCAAAAGUUCUCCUGGUUAUGUUGGUGGUUAUAGUGUUAAUAAGAGACAGUCAAAUAGAGGUAAGAGCUCCUAG